CGGAAGUGAAGGGGCCAUAUUGAUGGGUGACCCGGGGAGCGGCGCCCGGCGAGAGGCGGAGUGCUGAGGAGUGGUGGCGGCGUGACGCCCGGCCCCCGCCAGUCCCCCAUGGCCCCCUGGAGCCGACAGGCCGUCCUGAGUCUCUACCGGGCCCUGCUGCGCCAGGGCCGAGAGCUGCGCUACACCGACCGAGACUUCUACCUGGCCUCCAUCCGCCGCGAGUUCCGCAAGAAUCAGAAGCUAGAGGAGCCGGAGGGCCGAGAGAGGCAGCUGGAGAAAGGCUUGGUCUUCCUUCGCAGCAAACUGGGGGGGCUCGUGUAG